UUUCUUCAGCACCUACGAGAAAUAUAAGAAAAACCAUCCUGAAAAAAAAUCUCCUAGCAGGAGUUAGUGGAGAAGCAAAUAGGAAGAAAAGGGAGGGGUGAAAUGGCUGCUCAAAGAGACUCCCCAACUGCCUCUCCAAAGAAAAAAUCUGCCACCCUUCAGUACCUAUUUGAUCUAGAUUCCAAGGAUGAACCUAGACGUAAGCUUGCCAUCCAUUUCUCCAGUUCUGAAAACGAAGAAAUUCUUUCUAUUAUCUCUUACUGUACCUUGAUCUUCACCUUCACCGAUCCUGUUGAAUCUCCUUCACAGCAAGAUCUUAAGCGGCAGAAGCUCACUCAACUCCUCUCCGUCGUUAAGUUGAAGAAAGUACCACUACGUGAUCAAAUUUUGGCGCCCCUCAUGUCCAUGCUAUCGACCAACCUGUUUCGUCCACUCCCUCCACCUUCCAAUCCCUCCUCCAUCACCCCAGAUUUGCUUGAUGAUGAAGACCUCAUUUCUACCUUUUCACCAGCAUGGUCGCACCUCCAAGUUGUUUAUGAUAUUCUCCUACGAGUAGUUACCAACACAGAUCCUGAGAUACUUCGAGAUCAUGUCGACCAUCCUUUCCUUCUUAAUCUCCUCUCUCUUUUCCAGUCUGAAGAUCCAAGGGAACGUGAAUGCUUGAAGAACAUAUACCACCGGAUAUAUUUGAGAUUCACCUUCUAUCGUUCAUUCAUGCGGAAAUCAAUGAACGAUGUGUUCUUGAACUUCAUAUUUGAGACAGACAGACACUUUGGCAUCGGGGAGCUGCUUGAGAUUUGGGGAAGUAUCAUCAAUGGUUUUACAGUUCCACUCAAAGAAGAGCACAAGUUGUUCUUAAUGAGAGUGUUAAUUCCUCUGCACAAGACAAAGGGGAUGCAGGCUUACCAUAGGCAGCUGGCUUAUUGUGUUUCCCAGUUUUUGCAAAAGGAGCCUGUGCUGGGAGGGGUUAUUGUUAGAGGAAUCUUGAGGUAUUGGCCUGUCACCAAUUGCCAGAAGGAAGUUUUCCUCAUAGGGGAGUUGGAGGAGCUGGUGGAGAAUUUAGAUCCUGGUCAGUAUAGGAAGUUAGCACUGCCUAUGUGCACCCAGAUCACAAAAUGUUUGAACAGCUGGAACUCCCAGGUUGCUGAGCGCGCGCUCUAUCUGUGGAACAGCGAGCAGUUUGUAACGAUGGCAUCGCUGGCGAUAGAAGAAAUAUUUCCCGUUGUUGUUGAAGGCAUGGAGAAAAACCUCAAAUGGCAUUGGAGCAAAAGCGUCCGGCAAUUGACACAAAAUGUGAAGACGAUGCUGGAAGAAAUGGAUUCUAUUCUCUACUCCGAAUGCCUCCAAGCGAUCGACCUCAGAGAAUCCAGAGCUCACCAAGAAGAGACCAAGAGGAAGGAAAAAUGGGAGAGAAUCGAAAUGGCAGCAGCAAGGAAUCAGCUCAACCACCACGUUGCAUGCGUGUCCCACUGAAGAAACAUUAAGGUGUAAAAACCUGUGCUGGCAACUGAUUCAAACAACGUUGAACAUUAUCUUGGAAGAUUAAUGGCAGUAUUCCUUGCUACCAGAAACCACCAGGCCAACAUGUAUGCCAGCAAAUAUACACACACACACACACACAGUAUAUUAAUGUAUGUUUUCUGGUUGGUUUGCCAUCAGAUACGUGCUAAUCGUUAAUGUCUAGAUUAUUUAGUGUUUAAACUCCAUUAUUUCGAGAAGAUUAGGAUACUAGAGGCCAAUCAUAUCUAUCAAACUAAUCGUCAAGCAGAUCAUCAAGCCCAUCACUGUGACAAUCACUUUUUCGAGGUGAUCUGGCCUGGCCAGUGCCAGUGGCUAUCCAGACCUCAAGAAACCCUGGUUAGUAAAGAUGGAUGGAUGUAGAAUCGAAGGAAGCAUGAUAAAGUUUGUUCUUACU